AUGUCAACAACAUUGGCAGAUGAAGAAGCAUACAAUUCUGUUUUACCAAGCAAGCAGAGACCAGAGGCGCCUAGACCAAGCAAGCAGAGACCAGAGGCGCCUAGACCAAGCAAGCAGAGGCCAGAGGCGCCUAGACCAAGCCAGCAAAGACCAGAGGCGCCUAGACCAAGCCAGCAGAGACCAGAGGCGCCUAGACCAAGCAAGCAGAGACCAGAGGCGCCUAGACCAAGCAAGCAGAGACCAGAGGCGCCUAGACCAAGCAAGCAGAGACCAGAGGCGCCUAGACCAAGCCAGCAGAGACCAGAGGCGCCUAGACGAAGCAAGCAGAGACCAGAGGCGCCUAGACCAAGCAAGCAGAGACCAGAGGCGCCUAGACCAAGCAAGCAGAGACCAGAGGCGCCUAGACCAAGCAAGCAGAGACCAGAGGCGCCUAGACCAAGCAAGCAGAGACCAGAGGCGCCUAGACCAAGCAAGCAGAGACCAGAGGCGCCUAGACGAAGCAAGCAGAGACCAGAGGCGCCUAGACCAAGCAAGCAGAGACCAGAGGCGCCUAGACCAAGCCAGCAGAGACCAGAGGCGCCUAGACCAAGCUGA